UUUACGUGAUUUAUUUACAUCCAAAACGUUAUCACUACUCAGCAGAUAUUAAAAUAUCCAGAUUUAUUCUGUGGCUUAGGAUGUUUAAGAAUUGGUGAAUGGCCACCCUGUUAUUAAAAAAGAACGAGGUUUUCCAACUUCCGUCACGAAGAUUGGGAAAUAAGGAAUAAUAGUUGAUGCCUGAUUAAUCUACUUCUUUUGUGAUUAUAUAUGCAUUGAAACACUAUUGUUACAAACAAUUUCGUUACUGUUGUUGAUUGAAGUGCAAUUUAACCAAUGUCUCGUUUGUGAAGUGUAAAUUGUUUUUGUUGUGACAUAUUUGUGAAGAAAAUCAAUGAGAUAUUUUAUGAAGCAGCUGGUACAAUAUGUUUAGUGUUGACUACGAUUGACGUACGAAGAACUAAAAGAGAAUAAUACAACAGGGACAUAUAAUAAGGAUGGCUGAAGAAGUCAUCAAUGUCACGGCUCAGCCUAUGUCUGAGCCCGUACACAAUAUAUCAAAGGCCAUUUUUCUCCAGACUACCACAGCGCAAGUUGUCUCUGGAAUAUUUGUAUGGGCAGCCCUCUUCAUAACAUGUCAACAAAUUUAUCAACACCUGCGCUGGUACACUAACCCAUCGGAGCAGCGAUGGAUUGUGAGGAUUCUGUUCAUUGUACCAAUAUACGGCAUCUACAGCUGGAUCUCCUUGCUAUUCUUUAUGGGCGACUCGUAUUAUGUCUACUUCUUCACGGUCAGGGAUUGUUAUGAAGCGUUCGUGAUCUACAGCUUCCUCUCGCUAUGCUACGAGUACCUUGGUGGUGAGGGGAACAUUAUGUCAGAGUUACGUGGCAGGCCCGUACGAGCGUCAUGUGUCAACGGCACCUGUUGCCUCAGCGGAGCCACGUACACCAUCGGAUUCCUGCGAUUCUGCAAACAGGCGACGCUUCAGUUCUGUUUGAUCAAGCCAGUCUGCGCCUUCGUUAUAAUAUUCUUACAGUCGGCUGGCCACUACCACGAUGGUGAUUGGUCCCCAAGCGGUGGUUAUAUCUACAUCACCAUCAUCUACAACUUCUCGGUCAGUCUGGCGCUGUACAGCCUGUUCCUCUUCCUCGGUGCCACUCGAGAGAUGCUGAAGCCUUUUGAUCCAGUGCUCAAGUUCUUUACGGUUAAGUCUGUCAUCUUCUUGUCCUUCUGGCAAGGUGUGGCCCUCGCUAUUCUCGAAAAAGCGGAAGUGAUAUCACCGAUAAUAGACGAAAAUGGCAUCCCCACAACAGCCGGUACGGUAUCUGCUGGAUACCAGAACUUCCUCAUUUGCAUCGAGAUGUUGGCGGCUGGAGUUGCAUUGCGGUACGCGUUCCCCGCGGGCGUAUACGCGCACGCACGUCGCGACCCACACAGAUCUGUCACUAUGCAGUCCAUCUCUAGCAGCCUUAAGGAGACAAUGAAUCCAAAGGACAUAAUGACGGACGCAUUCCACAACUUCCACCCUCAAUAUCAACAGUACACGCAAUAUAGCUCGGUGAUGCGUGGAACAGGAACAGGCAAACGAGGUGAAGAAGGCGCCACAUUAGCUCCUCGUCCACCGCCACAGAGAGUGGCCACCAUCAGUCAGGCUGCUAAUUAUCACGAAAAAACUACCUUACUCAGCUCUGAUGAUGAAUUCCAGUGAAGUCGUCAAAAGUUAGGCUUUUCUGUCCCCGCCAAGUAUUUGCUCGACAAAUUAUCUGUGCCCAUGUGGCGUAUUAAAUGUUCAAGACACUAAUUGCGCUUUAUAACGUAACCAUUUAAAUAAAUUAAUUAAAAAUAAUUUAAUUCCCGACCACGCCCAUACAUAAUGCUUUUUGUGUAUGGAUUUUGGCGCGUGGUUAAUCUAUACCAUACACUAUUCACCCUCUUUGAAUUGUUGACAGAUUCAUGUUUAGUAAAAAUCUUUCAGAAAAUUGCAAGCCGUUAAACAACUGCUAGAGUAUAUUUUAGAAAUUUAACAAAACAACUCGUUAAACAUGCUGUUUGUACGAGCUUGUCUAAAAUCCAUGUUGGCGAGUACCGUGUUCAAACUAAUAGAUCGCUGAACAUGCAGUGAAAUCGAAUUACCGAAUCGUUAUAAACUAGCCAAACGUUAUACUGAGGGUUUAGACUUUUUGACCAACCCAAAUGAUAAUUAUAAUUACUAUUAAUCUUUUGUAUCCAAUUUUUAUGUUUAGGAGUAUUUUUAAAUAAUUAUUCCACUAAAGGAUAAGAAUGAAAUAUUUAUUCUCGAUUGUUGUUAGUUGUAUUGAAUGUUGUUUUUUUGAUAAAACACCUAAUAAUUGUAGUACGUAAUAUAAUUUAAUAAAUAUUUAUGAUAUAAGAUGGAUCGGUACAAGACGACUUUGGCGCGAAAUUAUUGAUAUAACGUAGAUGUAUUUACUAAUAUUUCAAUUAAGAUUGUACAAAAUAUUUAUAGACUAGUUUUGCUCUCCCCUAAAACUACAUAAAAUAUGAAGAAAAAAAAUGAAUCAAAUAGAUAUUAUGAAACCAGAGAUACCAGUUAUUGUACAGAGGAAAUAGGCCAAUGCCAUUUUAACUACGUGUACAGUUUUGUUUCUUUAAAGACUAUGCACCCUCCUAGAUAGUUAAAUUUUGUAUUAGCUUUGAAACAACACUGCAUUGCUUCGCCGUCCAAUUUUAAUACUUUCCAUUUCUGAACCUAUUUUUCAAAAUGAACUUCAAUGAUUUGUCGGAUUGCGCGGGUUGUAUGUUAUCUGUAGAUGCAACUUAAAUGUAAUAUUAAGAUUAAAAUGUGUCAAUGACCACGAUAUUAGGUCUACCUUAAAUUUUUAAUCCUAUAAUAGAAAUAAUAUACUUACCAAAGACUUAGUUUUACAAUUUAACCUUAUCUUUUAAUAAAUAAGGUUUAAAAUAUCAUGUCGAAAUCACGUAUAAAAUGAACGAAAAAUAUUUUUUUUGUUUAUAGCAUAAAAUUCAAUAAUUUCGUUUUCGUAACAAAAAACUAAAACAUUCUGCCGCUUUGUAUGUCUAAUUAUGAUGAUUGAAGUGUGUAAUUAAUUAUCUUGUGGAUAUAGUACCUUAUGUAUUUAAAUGUAAAUAAAUACAAAUAGAUUUGUUAUUUAAUGGUCCUAGAGAGUGAAAUGGCUUUCUGUAAUUAUUUUAAUCACAUUUUAACAUGUAGCCUAAGAUUCACAGAUAAAUUAAGCGCGUGUGAUCAAUCCAACUGUCAAAUGUUCAAACAGUUUUGACAGUCGCGCGCUUCAACUUGUCUAUGAAUUUUUAGCCAUAGAGUCAAUUAAAUAUUAACUGACGGUAAAAAUAAAAUGGUAUUUAAUGUAGAAGAAUAACCGCUCUCUGUUCAAAAUAUGAAAUUAUUUUUGUAAAAGAAACACUAACUUU